AUGCAGAAGACUCUACCUCCAAAAUUUAAAUAUCCGGGGAGUUUCACCAUUCCUUGUACCAUUGGAAACCAUGAUAUAGGGAAAACUUUAAUUGAUUUAGGGGCUAGCAUCAACUUGAUGCCCCUAUCUAUGUUUAAAAAGAUUGGUGAUCAUGAAAUCAAGCCAACAAGAAUGAUGCUUCAGUUGAUAGAUAGGUCUGUCAAAUACCCUUAUGGUGUGGUAGAAGACGUGGUGGUGAAGAUUGAUAAACUCCAAUUCCUAGUUGAUUUUGUAGUGAUGGAGAUGGGGGAAAAUGCAGAAAUGCCACUUAUCCUUGGAAGACCAUUCAUGAAGACAACCAAGGUCAUAAUUCAUGUAGAUAAUGGAGUGUUAACAUUGAACGAUCAAGAUGAAGAGGUGACUUUUAAUGUCUUUAAUGAGAUGCAACUAAUUCAAGUAAAACAGGCUAGACCUAAAGCACCAGGGGAAGUUUGCUCAGUAACUAGUCUACCUGAUCAAGCUGCAAAGUUGGUUAAGAGGAAUCAUAAUUGUUUCUCUCCAAAACUAAAGGAAGAGGAUAAAGAUAAAGAAGAACUAGUUCACUAA